CGCUGUGCUGUCAACGCUGAGCGCUCUUAUACUCUUUUUCCGAAUCAGCUUCACCACAACCCCCGGGCCUCCUUACCUUCCUUCUACCCACGAUUACUCUUCUCUGGACGCGGGGCUAGAUCUUAUCUUCGCUGUGCGUCCUCGUUUGCUCAUCGCGGCGUGCUAGGUUUUCCGAGGCUCGUCUCCACACCCUCUGUCCGACGUCCCUUCUCGAGCACCAGACCAGCAGCCAUGGCAGCUACCAAGAUCGAUGGCACCCAGAUUGCCAAGAAUAUUCGCGAGGGAUUGAAGACUGAGAUCCGCCAGAUCCAGGAAUCUAACCCCAGAUUCAAGCCUAGUCUGGUUAUCUUCCAGGUGGGCAACCGAUCGGAUUCCAGCACUUAUGUGCGCAUGAAGUUGAAGGCUGCUGAGGAGACAAACAUCCUCUGCAAAAUCAUCAAUUUUCCCGAGUCCGUUACACAGCCUGAAGUUUUGCAAGAGAUCACCAAAGCCAACAAUGACCCUUCGGUGCAUGGUAUCCUGGUCCAGCUGCCCCUCCCCAAGCACUUGUCUGAGCACACUAUUACUUCCGCUGUUUCGGACGAGAAGGAUGUUGAUGGAUUCGGUGCGAUCAAUAUUGGCGAGCUGGCUAAGCGAGGUGGCCGGCCCCUUUUCCUUCCUUGCACCCCUAAGGCGGUCAUGAAGCUCCUACAGGAGAGCGGCGUCGACCCUGCUGGUAAGGAAGCCGUGGUUCUUGGUCGCAGUGAUAUCGUCGGAAGCCCCGUCAGCUACUUGCUGAAGAAUGCUGAUGCAACCGUCACCCUGUGCCACUCGAAAACCCCCGAUAUCGCUAGAAUCGUGAAGAGUGCCGACAUUGUUGUUGCCGCCAUUGGUCAAACCGAGUUUGUCAAGGGCGAGUGGCUCAAGCCCGGUGCUGUCGUCAUUGAUGUUGGUAUCAACUACAAGGCCGAUGCUACUCGCAAGUCUGGACAGCGACUUGUAGGAGAUGUUGAUUACGAGUCUGCCGUCCAGGUUGCCUCUCAGAUCACCCCCGUUCCCGGUGGUGUUGGCCCCAUGACGGUGGCCAUGCUGCUGGAGAAUGUGGUGACUGGGGCUAAGGCAUACUUCGAGAAGCAGAAGGAUAGACACAUCACUCCUCUUCCCAUCAAGUUGGCCAGCCCCGUGCCCUCUGAUAUUGCUAUCUCCCGCGCGCAGUAUCCCAAACAGAUCACCCAGCUCGCUUCGGAAAUUGGUAUUGCUCCCCACGAGCUCGAACCAUAUGGCCAUACCAAGGCAAAGGUCAGUCUCUCUGUUCUGGACCGCCUAUCCCACCGCCGCAAUGGCCGGUACAUUCUGGUCUGCGGUAUCACCCCUACUCCUCUCGGUGAAGGCAAGUCGACUACUACCUUGGGUCUGUCCCAAGCACUUGGUGCUCACCUGAACCGUAUUGUGUUCGCCAACGUGCGACAGCCCAGUCAGGGCCCAACCUUCGGUAUCAAGGGUGGAGCUGCCGGUGGAGGUUACAGUCAGGUUAUCCCGAUGGACGAGUUCAACCUGCACUUGACUGGCGACAUCCACGCUAUCACUGCCGCUAACAACCUUCUUGCGGCCGCCAUCGAGACCCGCAUGUUCCAUGAGGCUACCCAGAAGGAUGGCGCCCUCUACAAGCGUUUGGUCCCUGUCAAGAAGGGCAAGCGCGAGUUCCAGCCCAUCAUGUACCGAAGACUCAAAAAGUUGGGUAUUACCAAGACCAACCCAGACGAACUGACGGAGGAAGAAGUCCGCCGAUUUGCUCGCCUUGACAUCGAUCCUGAGACCAUCACUUGGCGUCGUGUUCUCGAUGUCAACGACCGGCAUCUACGCGGAAUCACCAUUGGGCAGGCACCCACUGAGCGCGGUCUGACGCGCGAGACUGGAUUUGAUAUCUCGGUCGCCAGCGAGUGUAUGGCAAUUCUUGCUCUGAGCAAUAGCCUUGAAGACAUGCGCGAGAGACUGGGCCGCAUGGUCGUUGCCACCUCCCGGAACGGUGACCCCGUCACUUGCGACGACAUUGGUGCCGGUGGAGCUCUUGCGGCUCUCAUGAAGGAUGCAAUCAAGCCCAACUUGAUGCAGAGUUUGGAAGGUACCCCUGUGCUGGUUCACGCUGGUCCCUUCGCCAACAUCAGUAUUGGCGCCAGCUCUGUCAUUGCCGACAAAUUGGCCCUGAAGCUCGCGGGUACCGAGCCGGAUGAGGAUCAUGAUGCCCGCACGGGCUUCGUUGUCACUGAGGCCGGCUUUGACUUCACUAUGGGCGGUGAGCGCUUCUUCAACAUCAAGUGCCGGUCCUCCGGUCUGUCCCCCGAUACUGUAGUCAUUGUGGCUACUGUUCGUGCCUUGAAGGUGCACGGUGGCGGUCCUGAGAUCACCCCUGGCGCUGCUCUCCCCGAAGUGUACCGGACUGAGAACGUCGAUAUCUUGCGCAAGGGUUGCAUUAACUUGAAAAAGCACAUUGAGAAUGCCCGCCAGUAUGGUGUGCCCGUGGUGGUGGCAAUCAACCGCUUUGAGACUGACACAGAGGCUGAGAUUGCUGUCAUUCGCGAGGAGGCCAUUGCGGCCGGCGCGGAGGACGCGGUCCCCGCUAACCACUGGGCCGAGGGCGGAGCCGGUGCAGUGGAUCUGGCCAAGAGUGUGCUUGCGGCUAGCUCCAAGCCCAAGGACUUCAAGCUGUUGUAUGACCUGGACGGCACCAUCCAAGAGCGGAUUGAGCGGAUCGGCCAGGCUAUGUACGGCGCGGAGAAGGUCGAGUUCAGCGAGUUGGCCCAGAAGAAGGUCGACACCUACACUGCCCAAGGCUUUGGCAAUCUCCCUAUCUGCAUUGCGAAGACGCAGUACUCGCUCAGUCACGACCCUGCUCUCAAGGGUGCCCCUACUGGGUUCACCGUCCCCAUCCGUGACGUUCGGUUGGCGGUUGGUGGAGGCUAUCUGUACGCUCUUGCGGCAGACAUUCAGACCAUUCCGGGGCUGCCCACUGCCCCUGGCUACUUGAAUGUGGAUAUUGAUCCCGAGACUGGGGAGAUUGAUGGUCUUUUCUAGACGGUCCAUCGGUACGGACAAUAGACCCACUUUAGGUGUGGGACAACGGGUUCUUGUAUAGAUUCACUUUUCUCUAUUAUCUUGUUGAUUUUCAUGGUUCUGGAUGAUGAUACACCGAUAUGAUGGGCGUAGGAGCAUUGGAGGGAUCGAUAACUUCAACAUUAAAAGCGUGGCUCAUUCAUUAGGGCCGACAAACCUCCGCUCGCAAGCUAUAGGAUAGAUAUGCUAUCUUCAACAAAAUAGAAUGGAAUCAGAGGCAGAUGU